UCAGUGACAAGAUUUCCCGCUUCUUCUUCCACUGAACAGGAAAAAAAAAAAAAACAGUGAGAGAAAAAAUGGGAUCGAAAUCAACAACAAUGGAAGACGUAGAUAGAUUAUUCGAAUGUUUCAAAUGCGGCAUUUCUCCUCCUCAAUCUGCUGUGAGAGAGAGAAAGAGAAGUAAAGGAAAAAUCAAGAAUCAAGGGAUUUCAAUAAAUGAAGCAUCUCCUGGUUCAGCUGAGCAACCAAAGAAGAAAAUUGCAUCAAAUGCAGUUGAAGGAAAGAAUGUUAGUCAAGGAAAGCAGAUCUCUCCGGUUGUGUUUUAUGGGUCUCCACAUGGAGUGCCACCAAAAAGACCCAUUAGCUUGUUGAGACUUUUGCGUGAAAUUCGCAUUGAUCUCGCGGAACAACAAAAAUCACAAUUGAGUAAGGAAGUAUGGGCAACAUUUCCUAGGCAGAAUGAAGCGAUGAAUUUUGCAAAAGAGCAUGCAGAUGUACGCAUUUUUAGCUAUCAAGAUCACCAUAAUGGACAACGAAGGUUUCUUGUUUCUACAUACAGAGAGUUUUGGAGAAGAUACAAAAACAUGGAUGCUAAAUUUCGCCACCAUUAUGAAGUGAUUCAGGAGGGUUUACCAUGCCACCUUUAUUUUGAUCUGGAGUUCAGUAGGAGAGACAAUGCAGAAAGAAAUGGAGAUGAAAUGGUCGAUCUCUUGAUAUCAGUCACCCUAGAAGCAUUAUUUGAAAAGUAUUCUAUUCAAGGGAACCAGGAUUGGAUAGUAGAGCUCGACUCUUCUACUGCAGAAAAGUUCUCUCGCCAUUUGAUCAUCCGCAUCCCGAAGACUGCUUUUAAAGACAACACACAUGCAGGUGCAUUUGUUUCAGAGAUAUGCUCUCGGAUUCUUAGUACAAGAGGGAGAGAUGAAGGAUUUGAAAAUAUGUUUAUAAGAAAAGAUUCAUCCUCUGCUGAACCUCCAAGCCAACUUUUUAUAGAUGCUGCUGUAUAUUCUAGAAACCGCUGCUUUCGCUUAGCUCUUUCAUCAAAAGCAGGGAAGAAUUCUGUCCUGCUGCCUACUGAGCGCUUCAAGUGUAAGGACAUGUGUGAAGAAGACAUGUUCAUGUCAUCCUUGAUCUGCAGCAUGGAUGUUGAUUGCAAUAAACUUCUUGUCUGCAAAAUGGACAUGGAAUGUAUGAAGACCCUGCAAUUUGAUACGGAGGUAAACAAUGAUUACAGAAGACACUGCACCCCAAAAGAAUUUCCAUUGAAUGGUGUGCCAAGCGAUACUGGAAACUCACCAUUCCCAGCCUUGGACAAAUUCAUAGAAUCUAUUGCCUCAAUCGGAAAUAUAUCAGGAAAAAUACGAAGCUGGUAUUGGUUCUCGGAGUAUGGACUGAUGGUCUACAGCAUGUCCAGAAAUAGAUACUGUGAACGAAUUGGUAGAGAGCAUAAAAGCAAUCAUGUUAUGUAUGUUGUUGACUUGAGAAGGGCGGAUUAUUAUCAGAAAUGCCAUGAUCCAGAUUGCCAAGGUUACCGAUCCCCUUUACGUCCCAUCCCUUGGAAUGUGAUCUCUGAUCCUCCAUAUUCUUAUGAUUCAGUGCAAAUGGUGGAUCAAAUAGGGUCAACAAAUGAUUAUCUUAAACUUCAACACGUUAGCAACGAAUGUGAAGAUUUUCUGCUUUGUGAUAACAAACAUGACCCAGAUAGCUGUUCUAAAGAUUCUUGGUGGCUUGAAGCCAUAAAAGUUGCAGAUGAUAUUGAAAAUAAGCAGAGGACAUCGAUGGAACCAGAGUUAUGUUGGGGAUCAGGGAUAUGCCUCCAGAGUAGGUUCUCUAUGGCAGGCAUGUCGCAGAGAAGUUCUCUCAAAAUUGACGAAGUAGCUCCAUUGUCUCUGAUACUGACUUGGAUAGCAUUGACGAGGAAGAUGACAAUUGGUGGACGGCUGUGGAAGAAACUGCAUCCCAAUCUGAACUUAUUCACUUCAGUUAAUAAAUGGGUGUUGACAGAUGGUUGAUAAACGCCCCUCCAGCUCAAACUGAUGGCUGAUGUGAAUAAUGUCCAACAGGGAAAGCACUGCCAACUGCGCCCGCGCCCUGAGCUAGUUGUGUAGCAUCUUAUUAUGAAGAAGUAGCACUGAUGAAUUCGGAUGGGUCGCCUUGCUGUUCAAGGUCCAAGCAAACCAUGUCCAGCUUAUGCAUCAUUCAUCUUAACAUUGCUGUACAUAGAUAGUCAUUCUUGCUUUUGCAAGUCUCUAUAUAUAUCUGAUUAGGCGCAAGCAAUCUGGAUGUCUACGUUGUGUUAGAAGUUGCUGUAGUAUCCCCUAUUAGAAAUCAGAGCUCUUAACAGAUCUAAGAGGUUGUUUUUCAACUGAUAUCGUGUAAAUAUAACUAUAAUCAGCUUAUUACACGAUUUGCAUUGUACUGUAUACGUUUAUGGUUGCAGUAAUUGUAGUUACCCCUUGUAUAACGGUUAGGCAGUAAUGGAAGUUACUUGAUAUCCAAGAGUAUAAUGUACCAUUUCUUUAUUAAUGUACCAUCUCUUUAUAUUUUAAGUUAAUGAA